AUUGAAAAGCCAUGUCGUCUGGUGCUGUCCUUCCCAUCGACGAAUCGCCAAACGACGAACAGGUACAUCGAUUAGAGGAGUUGCAGCAGAUUCGAACAGAAACACACCGCCUAAACCGUAACAAAACGCAAAUUCUCGCCGCAACCCAACGUGUAGAAAAGCACGACGCCCUAAUGACCGAAUUGAACAGCGAGCAACGAAAACUUCUAGCUGAAAAGUUAGCUCUAGUUGAUAAGUUGAAGACUGUUCAAAAGGAUAUGGAUGAAAUUCGGAUCGCUCAACGGCGACUUAGAGAAAUGAAUGCACAUCAGCAAGCGGAACUCAGGAAGUUGAGAGAAGACUAUCAACCAUUAAAGGAUCGAGUAGAUGCGUUGAGGCAGAAACACGGAUUGGCCAAGCUUCCGAAUGUUCAGGAUGAAAUCGAAAAUGAAACUGCCAGAUACCUCCAAGAGCGGCGUGAGAGAUGGCGCGACUCGGGUCUCAUAGACACUACAAAUGAGUCCACCACAGCGACAAGACCUUCAAUCUCCCCAUCAAUUUCCGCCCAAUCUUCCGCAGCCACAACUCCUCUUCAAUCGCCCCGUCUAAAAAACUCUGAUUUAGUUACUUCAGCAGCUGGUGAUAAAUCGAUUAGAAAGAAAAAAAAGAAAUGAAGACAUUCAAGCAUUGCUGUGUAUUCUGGCAUAAAAAAAUUGAGUGUGAAGAAUUGAUCGUCACAAAAAUCACGCAGUCAAAUCCCGAGAAUGUAUGGGCGCGAUCACAGUAUAUGCCACAACGAAGGCAUUCCAACAAGAAAUAUAUUACAGCCCUAUAAAAACGAAAUCCUGCCAGAACAUAACGUGGGACAUCCUUAGAACUUGAACUUCUCCUUCUUGCUCCCCUUGUCUGCCUUAUCUUUCUUUUGCUUUUUGGCUGCCUGCUUUUGUGCAUGUUCUGCAACCAUAUCCGAGAAGUCCUCUCGAGCAUGUUCCCCCUUGGAGACGUCCAGCUGUUGUUCGUACUUUCGUUUGACCGUCUCUUCGUCAAGCCCCUCCUCCAGAUCUUCUGGGUUAAAUGUGACGUCAACUCCCGCCCCUCCUUUUCGCUUUGUUCCUCGAGCUCCCUCGGCUGCGGAUAGGUCGUACACAUGCUGACUUCCCAUAAAACCUUUGACAGAUGUUUGUCGCUCGGGUAUGACUGUGUAAAGUUGCUUAGGUUCUUCCUCCAGAACCCCCCUAUAAUAUCAAACCAGUGUAAAAAAAUCUCGUAAACGUGAGCAUACCAUGCUAAA